GAUUUUAUUUUCCCGUGGUGCCCCACAGAUACCUACUUUCCUGUUGCCAAUAGUGUUUGAACUAGUUUGAAGUUAAUUCUUCUUUCGUGAUAACCAUGACUUUCUUCUCAACCAUAACAUUGUUAGGAGUUCACAAUUGACUCUUAUCGACGACCUUAAUUGAAUUUGACAAUCACUUCACCGUCUAAAUACAUAUAGGCGUUGACAAAGGUAUUGAAUGAUUUCAAAUUUUUCGAUUAGCAUAAAGUGAAUAAACACACAUUUACUUUAAGCCGCAAAAUAGUAAAGGUUGUAUCUUGUGGUUUCAGUUCAACAAUAUAAGUAUUUAGAUACGUAACUAUAAUUACUCUAGGUAUUAUACCUAUAUAACUAAUAAGUACCUGACUAAAAUUAAUAAAAAUACCUUUCCAUCCAUUCUAAAUCCAUGCAGCGAUAUGAUAAGUAGACCAGGCAUUAAUUGUAUCUCAAAUAGAACAAUAUUAUGCAAAAUGUGGUAAACAAGCAAAAACAAUUGGGUAACGAAUAAUAUUUAACGCAAUCCGCCUUUAGCGUAGUGUGAUAAGAUAAUUUUAUUUAUUUUGAGGGCAAUUAUUCAAACAAAGUUUUUCAUUUUUUACUAUAAAAGCCUUAGAGAUGUUCUACAGCAUCAGAUCUUAAUUUGGGUUUGCAUCAGCUGUUUCUAUUAUUACAUUAAUUACUUACAAUGAAGUGCUUAGUUCUUUUGUGCGUUUUGGCCGCGGUAAGUAAGCUAUUUAUAAUCAUAUAUUUUCUAAAUCAACUAAGUAAACUUCUUUGCUUAGGCCUAGGCCUAAAAGCUGCUAAAAAAGUUAAAAUGGAGAGCUUGAUUGAUGAUUUGCAUAUCAUAACAAUUACAUUAUCAAAGUCGCACCCAUCAGCACUUAAGUCUUGAAGCUUUGAUUCCUUUGUAAUUAUUUCUUUCCACCCGUUCCUGCGUUCGUCUUACUUCAGUGAUUAUAACGAUAAAGCCCACGAUCGUUACUUGGUUGGUCCACCGUAUUGGGCUUUUAGCUCCGUAUAUGAAGGACCCAAUAACCUAACGACUUGUCGGACUCGUACAUGAGCUCACGAUGAUUUAUUGUUUCAGGUGUUCUCAACACAUGGGGCACCGGCUGAUGAUGGGGAGGAUCAACUCAUUUUUGACCCCACCGUUCGUGAUACGUCUGUCGUAUUAGAUACAAAGUAAGAAAUGAAACUCACUAAGUUUUCCAUUUAUUUAGUGUGACUGGAACAAAUAACUGAUUCUAGGAAUACAAGCAAACAAUUGCUUGCUAUUAAAGUUGUCGUAAAAUUACAGGAACUUGAUCGUAGAGCUGGCAGGAAACCUUCGUAAAUCAGCAGAAGAAGCUUUGCAUGCUGUUGGCACAUUCACCGUGGGCAUCACACACGAGGCAGAACUAAUCAGAGAAAAAAUCUGUGAAGAUAUAAAGAAGUUCAGAGAACGUGUCACUCAAGCUGUCAACGCUGUAUUUGAGAGGAUUUCGAACUCCAGUGCAGCCGUUAAGGAGUGUGUUAAGACUCACAAAGCUAAGGCCGCCUCUGUUUUCAACGAUACAUUAUCUAGCACUAUGACUUGCGUCGACAACCGUAUCGCAGACGUCAGCAAUGAAAUCCAAACCUUGACCUCACUGUCAAGUGACGCUCUCGAAGGCGCUAACAGAGCUCUGGAAGACAUGAAGAAGUGUACUGCAAACCACACGAACCUGUUCGCCGUCGGGUCCUGCCUCGGAGUCGUUGCUAUUCACACUGAGAUGAAAUCGAUCGGUUUCAUGACGCACAGCGCAAUUCUGAUGGGCCGUAUAAAUUUGUCAGUAGCAGCAUUACCAGCAUCUCUUGAAAUUUGCGCAGCAACUCGACUUAUUCAAGCCGGCAUUGCUACGGGCAAAAUUGUCAUCGAUAUUGGAACAUGUUCAGCAUCAGCUGUAUUCAAUACAAUGAUUGGAAGACCUAUUACAUCUGUGCCACCUGUUCAAACCUUGUAAUAGUAUACUUGAACUCAAAUGUUUAUAAUAAGUUUAGAAUAAAUACAAAUGAAAAU